AAACAAACAUCGUGACGUCACGGUGUCAUGGCGGCGAGCGCUUCGGCUGUGUCAGUUUUAACUCCUAAUGGCAGAAGACAGACUGUCAAAGUGUCUGCAAACACUCCUUUGCUGCAGGUUCUUGACGAUGUGUGUAAGAAACACGGGUUUAAUCCUGAAGAGCAUGGGCUCAAGUUUCAGAGGAAUGUUCUAGAUCUGUCUCUGCAGUGGCGUUUCGCUGGUCUGCCCAACAAUGCUAAGCUGGAGAUGGUGUCGCGGUCACGCCAGCAGGCGGCUGCAGAGAGUGCGGUGCGAAUCGCGCUGCAGAUGGAGGACGGCUCUCGUCUUCAGGACUCGUUCUCCAGUGGACAGACCUUAUGGGAUUUACUGAGCCACUUUCCUCAAACCGUGUGUGUGUGCGUGAGAGAUUAGGUCAGUGGUAAGGAUGCGCUGAAAAAAGCCACACUGAAGUCUCUGGGUCUCACAGGAGGAAGUGCCAUCAUACGAUAUGUGCUAAAAGGCUCCCCGUGUCCUGAUGCACCAGUGGAUGCGGUUGCCAUGCCAACAGAUGCUGUUGCCAAGAUAACCAAAUCACAGCCGCCACCACCAGAAGCAGCACCCCUCCCUGCGGAGCCCGCCCCUGUUCCUAUGGAAACCCCUGCUCCGCCCACUGAGGUCACCACCCUUCUAAACCAUCAUCUGGUCAAACAGGAAGAGGUGGAGCCAAGCACGAGAUCAAAGCAAACAGUGCGGCCCAAAACCCAGGAGUCGGCAGAGGAUGACGAGCGGCCAGGGCCAUCCAAUCAGUGCCAAGACUCCGCCCCCUUGGUCACGCCCACUGAUUUUGUACCAUUCUCAGGCAGUGGGCAGCGUCUUGGAGGACCAGGCGGAGUGAAGAGCUCCACAUCAUGGACAUCAGCAUGUGUGUCCGGCAGCCCACCCAAAGCCAAAAAACCCAAACCCAGCCAUGAGAUUAAGAGAUCAGCCAGUGCCAAACAAGUGAAGAGGGAUGAAGAGGAGCCAGACCAAUAUCUGGAGCCGGUGGACAGGGACCCGCUGGUGUUCCACCUGGACUCUGCAUCCCAUCGCCAGGAGGACGCAGAUCUCCCCGACGAGUUCUUCGAGGUGACGGUGGACGAUAUUCGCAAGAGAUUUGCUCAGCUAAAGAGCGAGAGGAAGAGUCUUGAAGAAGCUCCUCUGAUGACUCAAUCUCUGAGAGAGGCUCAGACCAAGGACAAGCUGGAGAAAUACCCUAAAGUGGCGUUGAGGGUUCAGUUUCCAGACCGUCAUGUUCUUCAGGGCUUCUUCAGGCCUCUAGAGACAGUCUCUGCUCUCAGAAGUUUCGUCAGAUCUCACCUGCAGGACCCACACAUGCAGUUUUACCUGUUUGUUGCUCCACCCAAAACCAUCCUCGACGACCCAAAUGUCACACUAUUCCAGGCGAGUCUGUUUCCCGCUGCUCUGGUGUAUUUCGGCUCAGAUGCGUCUGCAGAUGGUUUCCUGCGCUCUGAUCUCCUGGAUGUCAGUGUCUCCGCCCUGCAGGCUGAUCAGCUCAUAGCAGGCUGUAUGCCUCGCUCUCCUCCUCCUGCGAUCUCCUCUUCUUCUGCUCCUCCACACCUCCCGCAGUCAGCUCCAGAGUCCUGUCCUUCCUCCGGCCAGCAGGGGGCAGUAGAGGAACACUGUGACCCACACACCGCCGCAGACCGACCCAACCGCACCGACAGCGCAAAGGUGCCAAAGUGGCUCAAGCUGCCAGGUAAAAAGUGACGUCGCUGAGGAUGGACAAGAGUCUGUGCUGUAGAUCAAUAGAUUAAUUAAUAACAAUAAUUGGUUAAAGCUUCAUCGAUUAAACACGCUGUUAACCUUCA